AGGAGAAAUGAGGACAUGAGAGCAAUGGAGGUCCUUCCCAUCCUUAAAGAAAAAGUUGCUUUUUUGUCAGGUGGCAGGGACCGACGCGGUGGCCCAGUGUUAACCUUCCCGUCACGCAGCAACCACGACAGAAUACGAACGGACGACCUACGAAGACUGAUCGCCUAUCUUGCCGGUAUUCCAAGCGAGGAGGUCUGUAAACAUGGCUUCACGGUCAUCGUGGACAUGCGCGGCUCCAAGUGGGACAGCAUCAAGCCUCUGCUGAAGAUCCUGCAGGAGUCGUUCCCAUCGUGCAUCCACGUCGCUCUCAUCAUUAAACCUGACAACUUCUGGCAAAAGCAGAGGACCAAUUUCGGCAGCUCCAAGUUUGAGUUUGAGACCACCAUGGUGUCACUAGAGGGUCUGACAAAGGUUGUGGAUCCCUCCCAGCUAACGUCGGACUUUGAUGGCAGCCUUGACUACAACCAUGAAGAGUGGAUUGAGAUCCGCGUGGCGUUUGAGGAGUUUUCCGGUCACGCCACACAAAUGCUCACACGGCUGGAGGAGAUGCAGGAAACAGUUUCGCGGAAAGACUUCCCACAAGAUCUGGAGGGAGCGAGGAGGAUGAUAGAAGAACAUGCCACGCUAAAGAAGAAGGUCAUCAAAGCGCCUAUAGAGGAACUAGACACUGAGGGACAGAGGCUACUUCAACGAAUACAGAGCAGCGAGAAAUCGUCAAACCGCAACGGCGGAGGCAGCAGCACGAGCGGCAGUGGUGGCAGCAGUACAAGCGGAGCGUGCAACGGCGACACCCAAGGCCUGGUCCCGCGUAUCACGCAGCUGCUGGAAAAGCUGCACUCCACCCGGCAGCACCUCCACCAGGCCUGGCACGUCCGCAAGCUGCAGCUGGACCAGUGCUUACAGCUGCGCCUCUUCGAGCAGGACGCCGAGAAGAUGUUUGACUGGAUCUUGCACAACAAGGGUUUGUUCCUGGCAGGCUACACUGAGAUUGGCAACAACCACCCGCACGCUGUGGAGCUGCAAACCCAGCACAACCACUUUGCUAUGAACUGCAUGAAUGUCUACGUGAACAUCAAUCGUAUCAUGUCGGUGGGCAAUCGGCUGCUGGAGUCGGGCCACUAUGCCUCCCAUCAAAUCAAGCAGAUUUCUAGCCAGUUGGAGCAGGAGUGGAAGGCCUUUGCCGCCGCCCUGGACGAGCGCAGCACGUUGCUGGAGAUGUCGGCCAGCUUCCAUCAGAAGUGUGACCAGUACAUGAGCAACGUAGACUCGUGGUGUAAGGCGUGCGGCGAAGUGGAUUUACCCUCCGAGCUACAGGACUUGGAAGACGGCAUUCACCACCACCAAGGCUUGUACGAGCACAUCACCGCCGCCUACUCGGAGGUAAGCCAGGAUGGCAAAGCCCUGUUGGACAAAUUGCAGCGACCGCUCACACCGGGCAGUGCCGACUCUCUGACGGCGUCGGCCAACUACUCCAAGGCGGUGCAUCACGUACUGGAUAUCAUCCACGAGGUGCUGCAUCACCAGAGGCAGCUGGAGAACAUCUGGCAGCACCGCAAGGUUCGCUUGCACCAGCGGCUCCAGCUCUGCGUCUUCCAGCAAGAUGUCCAGCAAGUGUUGGACUGGAUUGAGAACCACGGUGAGGCCUUCCUAAGUAAGCACACAGGUGUGGGCAAGUCCCUCCAUCGAGCCCGAGCACUCCAAAAGCGACACGAAGAUUUCGAGGAGGUGGCCCAGAACACUUACACCAAUGCAGACAAGUUGUUGGAGGCGGCCGAGCAGUUGGCCCAGACGGGAGAGUGCGACCCAGAGGAGAUCUACCAGGCCGCCCACCAGCUCGAAGACCGGAUCCAAGACUUUGUUCGCCGCGUGGAGCAACGCAAGGUCCUCCUGGACAUGUCUGUCGCCUUCCACACGCACGUCAAAGAGCUGUGGACGUGGCUGGAAGAUCUCCAGAAGGAGCUGCUGGACGACGUGUAUGCCGAGUCGGUGGAAGCCGUCCAGGAUCUGAUCAAACGCUUCGGACAACAGCAGCAGACCACUCUGCAGGUCACAGUCAACGUUAUCAAAGAGGGCGAGGAUCUUAUCCAGCAGCUCAGGGAUUCGGCCAUCUCGAGCAACAAAACGCCACACAACAGCUCCAUCAACCACAUUGAAAGCGUUCUGCAGCAGCUCGACGAGGCUCAAGCUCAAAUGGAGGAGCUCUUCCAGGAGAGAAAGAUCAAACUGGAGCUAUUCCUCCAGCUUCGCAUCUUCGAGAGGGACGCCAUUGAUAUUAUUUCUGAUUUGGAAUCGUGGAACGAGGAGCUGACGGGUCAAAUGAACGAUUUCGACACGGAGGACCUGACUGUAGCUGAGCAGAGGCUACAGCAUCACGCCGACAAGGCCUUGACCAUGAACAACCUUACCUUCGACGUCAUCCACCAGGGACAGGAACUGCUUCAAUAUGUAAAUGAAGUUCAGGCCUCUGGUGUCGAGCUGCUGUGCGAUCGCGAUGUGGACAUGGCGACCCGCGUUCAAGACCUGCUGGAGUUUCUCCACGAGAAGCAGCAAGAGCUGGACUUAGCUGCUGAGCAGCACCGCAGGCACUUGGAGCAGUGCGUCCAACUGAGGCAUCUGCAGGCUGAAGUCAAACAGGUUCUCGGUUGGAUCCGUAAUGGCGAGUCGAUGCUAAACGCUGGUCUCAUCACCGCCAGCUCCCUGCAGGAAGCUGAGCAGCUGCAAAGGGAACAUGAACAGUUUCAGCACGCCAUUGAGAAGACCCACCAGAGUGCCCUGCAGGUUCAGCAGAAGGCCGAGGCACUGCUUCAGGCCAACCAUUACGACAUGGACCUGAUCAGAGACUGUGCUGAAAGCGUGGCGUCCCACUGGCAGCAGCUUAUGCUCAAAAUGGAGGACAGACUCAAGCUGGUUAACGCCUCUGUGGCCUUUUACAAAACUUCAGAACAAGUGUGCAGUGUUUUAGAAAGCCUGGAGCAGGAAUAUAAAAGAGAGGAGGACUGGUGUGGAGGAGUGGACAAACUCGGCCCCAACUGUGAAACGGACCACGUAACCCCCAUGAUCAGUAAACAUCUGGAGCAGAAGGAAGCCUUCCUUAAGGCGUGCACGCUGGCGAGGAGAAACGCGGACGUCUUCCUCAAGUACAUGCACAGAAACAGCGUCAACAUGCCGGGAAUGCUGAGUCACGUCAAAGCACCAGAGCAGCAAGUUAAAAACAUCCUCAAUGAGUUGCUGCAGAGAGAAAACCGUGUCCUCCACUUUUGGACCAUGAGGAAGCGACGUCUGGACCAGUGUCAGCAGUAUGUGGUGUUUGAACGCAGUGCUAAACAGGCCCUGGAGUGGAUUCACGACACAGGGGAGUUUUACCUGUCCACACACACCUCCACUGGCUCGAGCAUCCACCACACGCAGGAGCUGUUGAAGGAACACGAGGACUUCCACAUCACCGCUAAGCAAACCAAAGAGCGCGUGAAGCUACUCAUUCAGUUGGCGGACGGAUUUUGCGACAAAGGUCACAGUCAUGCCGGCGAGAUAAAAAAAUGGGUGACGGCAGUGGAUAAACGUUACCGGGACUUCUCCCUGCGAAUGGACAAGUACCGCUGCAGCCUGGAGAAAGCCUUGGGUAUCUCGUCAGACUCCAAUAAAGCUAGUAAGGAUCUCCAACUGGACAUCAUUCCUGCCACAGCUCCGGGCUCAGAUGUCAAGUUGAGGGAUGCCGCCCAUGAGCUCAACGAGGAGAAACGCAAGUCUGCACGCAGAAAAGAUUUCAUCAUGGCUGAGCUGAUCCAGACUGAAAAGGCAUAUGUGCGAGACCUGCGGGAGUGCAUGGAUACUUACCUGUGGGAGAUGACCAGCGGCGUGGAGGAGAUUCCUCCAGGAAUUCUCAAUAAGGAGCACAUCAUUUUCGGGAACAUGCAGGAUCUUUAUGAAUUCCACCAUAACAUUUUUCUUAAAGAGCUGGAAAAAUACGAACAGUUGCCUGAAGAUGUUGGCCAUUGCUUUGUAACAUGGGCUGAUAAGUUUCAGAUGUACGUGAACUACUGCAAGAACAAGCCAGACUCGACUCAGCUCAUCCUAGAGCAUGCUGGGAACUAUUUUGAUGAAAUUCAGCAGAGACACCGACUGGCCAACUCAAUCUCCUCUUAUCUGAUUAAGCCUGUGCAAAGAAUCACAAAAUAUCAGCUCUUGCUCAAGGAACUGCUGACAUGCUGUGAAGAAGGCAAAGGAGAAAUCAAGGACGGCUUGGAGGUGAUGCUUAGCGUUCCCAAGAGAGCCAACGACGCUAUGCAUCUCUCCAUGCUGGAAGGUUUCGAUGAGAACAUUGAGUCACAGGGCGAGCUGAUCCUACAGGAGUCCUUCCAGGUGUGGGAUCCAAAGACGCUAAUCCGCAAGGGCCGAGAGAGACAUCUCUUCCUCUUUGAAAUGUCCCUCGUCUUCAGCAAGGAGGUCAAGGACUCCAAUGGCAGGAGCAAAUACAUCUACAAGAGCAAACUCUUUACCUCCGAGUUAGGGGUGACAGAGCAUGUUGAAGGAGACCCUUGUAAAUUUGCUCUUUGGGUGGGACGCACACCGACGUCAGACAACAAGAUUGUUCUUAAGGCAUCCAACAUUGAGAACAAGCAGGACUGGAUCAAGCACAUCAGGGAGGUGAUCCAGGAGCGCACCAUUCACUUGAGGGGGGCGCUUAAAGAACCCAUACAUAUUCCCAAAGCGAGCGCUGCUAAGCAUCACAAGGGCCGAAGGGACGGAGAAGAUCUUGACAGUCAAGGUGAAGGCAGCAGUCAACCAGACACAAUCUCUCUGGCCUCACGCACCUCCCAGAACACACUAGACAGUGACAAGCUCUCCGGUGGUUGCGAGCUGACGGUAGUGAUUCAUGACUUCAUGGCGAGUAACAGCAACGAGCUGACGGUGCGUCGCGGCCAGACGGUGGAGGUUCUGGAGCGUUGCCAUGACAAGCCCGACUGGUGCCUGGUGAGGACCACUGACCGCUCCCCGGCCUUAGAGGGCUUGGUGCCCUGUUCCAUGCUGUGCAUCGCGCACUCUCGCUCUUCCAUGGAGAUGGAGGGCAUCUUCAACCACAAAGACACAUUGUCAGUGUGCAGCAACGACUCCAUCAUGCCAGGAUCUUCUGCUACACUUCAGCCUGGUCAUGUAAUGGGCUCCCACUCUUCACCCGGACCUAAACGACCAGGCAACACAUUACGGAAGUGGCUGACCAGCCCCGUGCGGCGUCUGAGCAGCGGCAAAGCAGACGGUCACGUUAAGAAACUAGCCCACAAACAUAAGAAGAGCCGUGAAGUGAGGAAGAGCGGCGAGAUGACGAUGGGCUCCCAGAAGGACUCUGACGACAGCGCCGCCACGCCUCAGGACGAGACCGUGGAGGAGAGGGUCCGAAACGAAGGGCUUUCGAGUGGCACCUUGUCCAAAUCAAGUUCUUCGGGCAUGCAGAGUUGCGGCGAAGAGGAAGGCGAGGAGGGUCCCGACUCGGUGCCCCUACCUCCACCAAUGGCCAUUCAGCAGCAUAGCUUGCUACAGGCAGACUCGCAGGAUGAUAAGAACUCCUCUCGUCUGUCCGUCCGGCCGUCCAGCUCAGAAACUCCGAGCGCUGCCGAGUUAGUGAGCGCUAUCGAGGAGCUGGUCAAAAGCAAAAUGGCUCUGGAGGACCGGCCCAGCUCACUGUCAGUAGAACAAGGAGACAGCAGCUCUACCUCUUUUAACCCCUCAGACAACUCCCUUCUUUCCUCAUCGUCCCCCAUGGAAGAAAUGGACGAGCGGCGGGCAAGCAUCCUCAAGAAAAGACAUUUCAUUUUGCUGGACUUGGUGGAAACUGAGAGGGAUUACGUAAAAGAUCUCAGCCAGGUGGUGGAGGGUUAUAUGAGUAGAAUGAAAGAGGAAGGCGUCCCUGAUGACAUGAAGGGCAAAGACAAAAUUGUGUUUGGCAACAUCCAUCAAAUCUUUGACUGGCACAAAGAUUUCUUCCUCGGUGAGUUGGAGAAAUGUUUGGAGGAUCCAGAAAGACUGGGACCUCUCUUUCUCAAACAGGAGCGAAGACUAAACAUGUACGUGGUGUAUUGUCAAAACAAGCCCAAGUCUGAGCACGUUGUGGCAGAAUACAUCGAUACUUAUUUUGAGGACAUGAAGCAACGGCUUGGCCACAGACUGCAGAUAACAGACUUGCUCAUCAAGCCGGUCCAGAGGAUUAUGAAGUAUCAGCUCUUGCUCAAGGAUUUCCUGAAACACUCAAAAAAGGCAGGGCUCGAGUCUGCGGAUCUUGAGAAAGCAGUGGAGAUCAUGUGCAUCGUACCAAAAAGGUGCAACGACAUGAUGAAUGUUGGCCGGCUUCAGGGAUUUGAAGGCAAGAUCGUGGCCCAGGGACGCCUUCUUCUGCAGGACACGUUCAUGGUGACGGACGCAGAGAGCAGCGCGCUUGGCCGAGUAAAGGAGAGGAGAGUUUUCCUUUUUGAGCAGCUGCUUAUCUUCAGUGAGCCGUUGGACAAGAAGAAAGGCUUCUCUCUGCCCGGCUUCCUCUAUAAGAACAGCAUCAAGGUUAACAGUUUAGGUCUGGAAGAGAACGUAGAGGGCGAUCCCUGCAAGUUCAUGCUAACUUCUCGCUCCACGAACGGCACAGUGGAGUCAUUUGUGCUGCACUCCUCCCACCCUGGGGUGCGUGAAGUGUGGACUCUUCAGAUCGCCCAAAUACUGGAAUGCCAGCGCAAUUUUCUCAAUACUCUGACCUCACCAAUUGACUAUCAGAGGAACCAUGUUGCAGCAAGUGGGGGUACUUGUGUGUCCAGCGUUGGCUCUCCUAGUGGGAGUAGUAGUGGCACUAACGCACCGGGAAGUUCCCCAGCAAGCAGCUCCAUGCCCUCAGUCUCCCAGGGUGGCUGCCGCCGACCAUCCAGGAUCCCCCAACCCUCUCGUCUACCCCAACCCCUCCGCCAUCACCCCGGGGCCGAUCCCGACGGCCCCAACAAGAUGUCAGGUCCAAGUCCUCGUCCUGUUCCUCCCCCAGUACUCCCCACGGGGGGUAGCCCACAGGGCAAACGCCCAAUCCAGACUGUAGAGGAGCAAGCACAGACUCCUACAAGCGUUGUCGCUCCCAUGGUCCGUGCCACAGUUGGACCGUUGCCCUCCACUCCUUCUUCUAAAAUACGGCCCGUAGCCGUUCCCCCUUUGGUUCCUCCUACCUUUGUCAAGGAUUGUCUUCCGCCGCCCCCUCCCAGCCCCAGCCAGAAGUCUUCCUUCUGGAGCUCCAUGCCGGGAUCACCGGCUAGCCGCCCAAGCUCUUUUACCUUUCCGGGGGAGACUGCUGAGAGUCCGAUCCGUCAGAACUCUAACCAGAAUCCGAAUCAGAGCCACAGACACUCCACGCACAGCAAGGACGCUGACCGAAUGAGCACCUGCUCGUCCGCCAGCGAGCAGUCCAUCCAGUCCACUCAGAGUAAUGGGAGUGAAAGUAGCAGCAGCAGUAGCGUAUCCACCAUGUUGGUGACUCAGGACUACAUGGCGGUGAAGGAGGAUGAGAUCAGCGUGUGUCAAGGCGAAGUGGUUCAGAUUUUGGCCAGCAACCAGCAAAACAUGUUCCUGGUGUUCCGAGCGGCGACCGAGCAAGGCCCCGCCGCCGAAGGCUGGAUCCCUGGAUUCGUCCUCGGUCACACCUCGGCCGUCGCGCCCGAUUGCCCCGAAGGACCAAUAAAGAAGUCUUCUUCGUGGCAAACGACCCUGCGCAUCCGAAAGAAAUCGGAGAAAAAGGAGAAGGAGUCGAAGAAAGACAACAAGCUAGAAAAUGGUUACAGGAAGUCCAGAGAUGGCAAUAAAGUUUCUGUAAAGCUUCUAAAUCCAAACUACAUCUACGAUGUUCCACCCGAGUUCCUGGUGCCUCUGAGCGACGUCACCUGCGACAAUGGAGAGAGCGUCACCUUGAGGUGUAAGGUGUGCGGUCGACCCCGCGCCACCAUCACCUGGAGAGGACCCAACCAGAGCAACCUCACCAACAAUGGCCGUUUCAGUAUCGCUUACAGCGACACCGGUGAAGCAACUCUGCGGAUCAUCGGCGUGGCGUCGGACGACGACGGCGUGUACACGUGCGUCGCCGCCAACGAGCUAGGCAGCGUUAUGUCAACGGCCAGCCUCAGAGUGCUUGCUGUGUCCACUGAUGGAUUGCGAGUGAGCUGGAAAGACAACUUUGACUCUCACUACGUCGAGGUGGUUGAACUGGGCAGGGGUCGCUUCUCUGUUGUCAAGCGUUGCGACCACCGGGCCACCAAGCGUCCGGUAGCCGUCAAGCUGGUCAACAAGAAGCUGAUGAGGCGGGACCGUGUCACGCAGGAAGUCAACCUGCUCCACAGGCUCCAACAUCCCAACAUCAUCAACCUGGUGGACACGUACGAGACCCCCGGCAGCUUUGUCCUAGUGCUGGAGAUGGCUGACCAAGGUCGUCUCCUUGAUUACAUCAUCAGCUGGGGCAAUCUUACAGAGGAAAAGGUGGCCUGCUACCUCCGAGACCUUUUGGAUGCUUUACAUUACUUGCACAACAGCAGAAUUGCUCAUCUGGACGUCAAACCCGAAAACCUGCUGGUGGUCCACGGUCCUGGCGGUCAACCGUCUGUCAAAUUGACUGACCUAGGCGACGCCGUGCAGCUGGGCGGCGCCCCCUACGUGCAUCCGCUGCUGGGCAGCCCCGAGUUCGCGUCUCCUGAGCUGGUGCUGGGCGAGCCGGUUUCGCUGACGUCGGAUGUAUGGAGUGUCGGCGUGGUGGCCUACGUGCUGUUGAGCGGUGCCUCGCCCUUCCUGGACGAGAGCGCCGAGGAGACCUGCCUCAACAUUUGCCGCCGGGACUUCAGCUUCCCCGAGGAUUACUUCCACGCCGUCAGUCAGGCGGCGCGCGACUUCGUCCGCCUGCUGCUUAGGACCGACCCCGCCGGGAGGCCGCCUUCGGGGCUGUGCUUGCAGGAAGCGUGGCUACGGGGCUCCGCCGCUGUCGACGAUGACAGACGCCCCGCUAGCGAGCGCUGCCUGGACACUUCGCGCCUCGUCUCUUUCAUCGACCGCAGGAAGCACCAGACUGACGCGCGGCCCAUCGGUGCGGUGCGCGGCUUCAUACGGAGCCGCCUGCAGAAUCGGGUCUGA